CCCAACAGUCCAGAUAUUUCCUGCUUCCUGCCUCCUUGGCAGAUCUGCCAGUGUACAGAUGUGUGUAACGAACACGUUGUAAAGUGAAGCCCCGUGCGCUGCAGAUCCGCACGCAGACGUGAAGAAAGGGAACUAACCUUUGGUUUGGAACAGUUCUAUCUAUUUAUCUCGUCAGAGAAAGUGAAACUGUUUCACAUUCCAUGUCUCUUCGGGGGGAAAUGGCGCAGCAACACAAUGUGAUGGAUCGGAAAAAACUCUGCUGUUCAAUCUGUCUGGAUCUACUGAAGGAUCCAGUGACUAUUCCCUGCGGGCACAGCUACUGCAUGGGCUGUAUUAAAAGCCACUGGAAUGAGGAAGAUCAGAAGGAAUUCCACAGCUGUCCUCAGUGCAGACAGACCUUUAGACCGAGGCCUGCGCUAGUGAAAAACACCAUGCUGGCAGAUUUAGUGGAGGAACUGAGAAAGACGGGAGUCCAAGUUGCUCUGGCUGAUCCCUGCUAUGCCGGACCUGAAGAUGUGGGGUGUGAUUUCUGCACUGGGAGAAAGUUGAGAGCUCUCAAGUCCUGCCUGCAAUGUCUGGUCUCUUACUGCGAGCAGCACAUCCAGCCUCACUAUGAGUCCCCAGCCUUUGAAAAGCACAAGCUGGUUAACCCUUCCAAGAAACUCCAGGAGAACAUCUGCCACCACCACGGUGAAGUGAUGAAGAUUUUCUGCCGCACUGAUCAGCAGUGCAUCUGUAUCAUCUGCUCCAGGGACGAACACAAAGACCACGACACGGUGUUGGCCUCGACGGAAAGGGCGGAGAGGCAGGGAGAGCUUGGAACGAGUCGCCAAAGAAUCCAGCAGAGAAUCCAGAGUCGAGAGAAAGAUGCAACGGCGCUUCAGCAGGAGGUGGAGGUUCUCAAUCGCUCCGCUGAUAAAGUUGUGAAGAACAGCGAGAAAACCUUCACUCAGCUGGUCCGCCUUUGCAAGAGCAGAAGCUCUGAUGUGAAGCAGCAGAUAAGAUCCCGGCAGAAGACCGAAGUCAGUCGGGUCAUGGAGCUUCAGGAGAAGCUGCAGCGGGAGAUCGCCGAACUGAGGAGGAGAGACGCGGAGCUGAAGCAGCUCUCACGUACAGAGGACCACACACAGUUUCUGCAGAACUACCCCACCCUGUCGUGUCUCAGUGGAGCUCCAAACUCGCCCACAAACGAUAGCCUCCCUCUGCACUACUUUGAGGACGUGACGGCGGUGGUGUCAGAGGCCAGGGAAAAGCUACAAGACAUUCUGAGUGAAGCGUGGACCAAGAUCUCAGAGCCCGAAGUGGAUGUUAUGCGGCCACAACCAGAGCCCAAGACCAGAGCUGAAUUUUUACAGUAUUCAUGUCAAAUCACGCUGGAUCCAAAUACCGCCAACGUGCGGCUGUUGUUGUCGGAAGGGAAUAGAAAAGCAACCGUGACCAGUGAAAAACAGUUGUACCCAAGUCAUCAAGACAGAUUCACCGACAUGUUUCAGGUUCUGAGCAGAGGGAGUGUGAGCGGCCGCCAUUACUGGGAGGUGGAGAGGAGCGGAUGUGAGGUUUCUGUUGCAGUCACGUACAAGGAUAUCAGCAGAACAGGGUAUGAAAGUGGUUUUGGAAAUGAUGACAAGUCUUGGGCAUUAGAGUGUUUCAGCAACAGUUAUGAGUUCAGACAUAACAAUUUCAAAACGUUUAUCUCAGGCCCCCAGUCCUCCAGAGUAGGAGUGUACCUGGACCACUCGGCAGGUACCCUGUGUUUUUACAGCGUGUCCGCCACCAUGACCCUUCUCCACAGAGUCCAGACCAGAUUCACUCAGCCACACCAUCAGGGACUUGGUGUUUUCGCUUCGCAUGGGAACGGGUCUGCUGCGGUGUUCUCUACGCUUGAGUAGAAAAGAAGUUAGGAGGCUGACUAUGUGAUUUAUUUUCAGGAACUGUGAGCUAUGAUUGUAUAACCGUUGCAUAAACAGAAAUCCAUGCAAAUAUAUCUUUUAUCAGACAUUAUUAUGGGUUUUGCAAUGUUUACUGCAGCUGGGAAUCCACAAUAAGGGUAAUGAAAGUGUGAAAAACAAUCUGGUUGCUUUCUUUGUCAUUGUUGCUUAUGAAAUGUGGAUUAAGGGAUGUUUAGUUCAAGCACAUUUUGAUCAUGAAUAUAAUCACCAAUAAUUAAUGUUUGCAUUUACGGUCAGUCAAGAAGACACAGAGUUAAGGGGUGAUUUGUUCAAAUGUUUGCAGAAACUCACUUUACUAUAAUCAAUGAAGGUUCAGAGUUGCGGUCUUUACUCAAGUUAAGCAUUUCUUUUUGUAUUACAUUCUUAAAGUAUUUUUAGUAUUAGCCUCAGGUUCAAAAUGUGUAGCUGAGGGUUAUUUAGAGAAGUGCAAAGCCAUAGUGCACUUUUUGCACUAUUUCGUUUAUAUAAAUAUGUUCAGUUUACAGUUGCACUGUAAUUGAAAUUGCAAUAAUAGUGUUCCUUAUUUAUGUGAACGAUUGCACUUUUGAUUGAAGACUGUUUUGUGAUUUACAUAAACCUGGUUUGUACAAAUAUAAUGAAAAGGACUUUGCAAAUAAACUUAGU